CGACACUGACUCACGACCCAAUCCCUCCACUCUCUUAUCUUUCUCUCUCAUAAACACAAGACAACACAAGUAGUAGUAGUAGGUGGAAAGCAAUGUCCCUUCCUCUUUUCUCUAUCUACUGCUAAACCUCCUUUUCCCUCUACAUCUCGCGGCGGAGACACGGAGGAAUCCUGCGGAGGAGGUGGAGAAGAGAGGAGACUUUGAUUUGGUUUGGUCUCUUUCAACUGUUCGUAUCGAAAAGAGGUGAAAUCGAAACCCUAAACCCUUUCGAGGCUGGAUCUGAGAUUAUGCUGUUGGGGCAAUGGAGGCUUCUUUAGCCGCUUUGGAGCGGCCACGAGCUGCUGCUUCGAAUACGGUUUUUAAGAGUGGUCCACUUUUCAUAUCAUCCAAAGGACUGGGGUGGACUUCUUGGAAGAAACGCUGGUUCAUCCUCACACGUAACUCUUUGGUCUUCUUCAAAAAUGACCCUGGUUCACUACCACAAAAGGGUGGUGAAGUUAACAUAACCCUUGGUGGCAUCGACUUGAAUAACUCUGGAAGUGUUGUGGUGAGAGAGGAUAAAAAAUUGUUGACCGUAUUAUUUCCUGAUGGGCGUGAUGGGAGAGCUUUCACUCUUAAGGCCGAGACAUUUGAAGAUCUCCACGCCUGGAAAACUGCUCUUGAGCAGGCUCUUGCACACGCCCCCAAUGCAGCACUCAGCAUGGGUCAUAAUGGAAUAUUCCUUGCUGAAACUAACGAGGCUAUCGAAGGACGGGAUAAGAGUCCGUUAAAAUCAUUGGUUGUUGGAAGACCAAUCUUACUUGCUCUUGAAGAUAUUGAUGGAAGCCCAUCAUUCCUCGAGAAAGCUCUUCAGUUUAUUGAGAAAUAUGGAACUAAAAUUGAAGGAAUAUUAAGACAGGCUGCUGACGUGGAAGAGGUGGAACGUAGAGUUCAAGAAUAUGAACAGGGGAAAACGGAGUUCGCUUUUGAUGAAGACCCGCAUGUUAUUGGAGACUGCAUUAAGCAUGUGUUGAGGGAGUUGCCUUCUUCACCGGUCUCAGCAUCUUGUUGUACUGCCCUGCUGGAAGCUUACAGAAUCGAGUCUAAGGAGGCUCGCAUUAGUUCAUUGCGCUCUGCUCUGGCGGAAACAUUUCCUGAACCUAACAGACGUUUACUACAACGGAUUCUGAAAAUGAUGCAUACUAUCUCGUCUCAUUUCCACGAAAAUCGAAUGAGCCCAUCUGCUGUAGCUGCUUGCAUGGCUCCUCUGCUCUUACGUCCUCUUCUUGCUGGUGAGUGUGAUCUAGAUGACGAAUUUGAUAGCGGCGAAGACAAUUCUGCGCAGCUUCUUGCUGCUGCUAAUGCUGCCAAUAAUGCUCAAGCCAUCAUUACUGUUUUCCUAGAGGAUUAUGGAAGUAUUUUCGAUGAAGAAAAUAUUCAAAGAUGUUCCAUGUCGACCGAAUCGCAUAUUGGUAAUAGUGGACCUGAUGAUUCUAGUGAUGAUGACAACAACUCAAAAAAUGAAUAUCAUAAUGCAGAGAAUGAAGUAGAACCAGUGACAGAUGAUGAUGACAACGAGCGUGCAUUGAGUGGGAAAAUGAGUGAGAGCAGCGGAGGCACAAGCAGUGAUCUCUAUGAGUACAAGGGAUUUGUUGCUGAUGAUUCUGAUAUUGAAUCGCCUAGAGAGACAAGUGGUCCAAUACGUAAUUCAAACGUACGAACAGAUCAUGUUGUGAGAAAUCUUUUCAUCAACUCCACGGAUCAACAAGCUGGGGAGCAGAUAGGUGGUGAUGAUCCAACAAAAUAUGGAGAAAACUCAUGUCUAGUAGAUGGCGGCGAGUCUUUUCAAUCAGGGAAGGUUCUAAAUGUACUCACUCAUGGAAAUACAUUGGCUUCUCCUGGUCUUGAAUCAUCAAGUGAGAAGCCCGUGACUAAGGGCACACCCUCCUCUGUUCCUGCAAAGCGUGCAACAUUCUGGGGUCGUGGCAGUGCCAGAAAGAGAUCCACAGAUAGAUCGUUUGAUUCUUCAGGAGAAGACGAGCUUGCUAUACAGAGGCUUGAGACCACGAAAAAUGAAUUGCGACAACGAAUAGCAAAAGAGGCCAGAGGUAAUGCGAUACUACAGGGUAGCUUAGAGAGAAGGAAGCAAGCGCUUCAUGAACGUCGUUUGUCGCUUGAACAAGAUGUGUCAAGAUUACAAGAGCAGUUGCAAGCCGAGAGAGAUCUCCGAGCAGCACUGGAGGUUGGUUUGAGCAUGUCUUCUGGCCAAUUCAGCUCACAUGGUGUGGACUCGAAAACAAGGGCUGAGCUUGAGGAAAUUGCUCUUGCUGAGGCUGAUGUGGCAAGGCUGAAGCAGAAAGUCGCAGAACUUCACCAUCAGCUUAGCCAACAACGUCAGACUAACUUUGGUUCUUUCUCAGACGCGCGUGAUAGUCAUCAGUAUCUCCAGAAUCACAAUCCUCAAAAAAGGUUUCUUCAACAAGAUUUUGAUUCCACUCUUGCCUUUGUAAAUCAUGAAAGGAAACAACGACACGAGGAGAAUAUACUGGGAGCGGAGUGGAGAAAUAGUAAAGGAGGAGGAUCUUUUGGUGUUGGCAAUAGCAGGCAACCGUCUCGUAAGCAAGUACAAGAACCAACUAACAUGGUCGACUCUAAAAGCAGCAGUGAAGAGUCUGUAGACAAGUUCUCAGCCAUGGAUUCUCCAUCUGCUCCGUCCAAUUCAAGAGCAUUAGAUAUAACAGAGUAUCCAAGGCCUAAUCAUCCGUCAGCAGCUGCAUCAGCAGCUCUGGUAGAGUUAACAACUCGUCUUGAUUUCUUCAAGGAAAGGCGUUCGCAGCUGAUGGAGCAGCUCCAUAGCCUGGAUCUUAACUACGGCGGAUCUUCUUCUUCUUCUCGAGAUUUCAUACACAGGCCAUCUUCUCCACCUUGGAACUAACACUGAGAAUAAUAAAGUAUAUGUUUGCUCUGUAUAUGUGUUUUUGAGUGAUGAUGUUUUCGUAUCUGUUCUGAUUAUUUUCUUCCGUGAAGACAAGAAUGACCUCAUUGUGUAUAUAAAAGACAUAUUUUGUUUUGUUUUGUUUUAUGUGAGAGGUUGGUUGGUUAUAUGUUCAGCCUUCAGGAGUAUGUAACUCUAAAGCCGUGUAUGGAUGGACGUUGGUCUCUUUAGACUCUGACCAGCCAAUUAACUGAUCAAUAUUGUAUUUUACAUCGU